AUGAACACCGGCGUUGCACCACAAGAGAGAGAAGCACCCAACAUGAGUAGAGGAGAGCAGGGGGGGAGCAUCACAAUGCUGGUGAUUGAGGAGGAUCCCCGGAAGCCGUCCAAUGACCUGGUUCGCCUUGCCUUUCAGCGAGCUCACUACCUGCUCACCACGCCCACACUCCCUACCUCCAGUCGCUCUCAAUCUCAAACCAAUGCUGCUGGCGCUGCUUUUGCUUCUGCCAGCAGUGCCAGCGGCAGCCUGCUGGCUAGGCUGAUACGUCUUGAGUCUGCCAUUGCGAAUAGACCGCCCCCACCUAGAAUGGUGCCGCCACCACUUGUGGGAAACCGUGGAAUGGGGAGUGAUAGUGCUGCUGCCACUGCUGCCGCUGCUGUUGGCACUGCUAUUGCUGCUGCUGGUGCUUCUGCUGCUGGCAGUACUGCUGCCACUGCUCCUGCUGCUGCUGCGGUCAAGGCUAAGAAAGGAAGAAAGAAGAAGGAUGGUGCAGCAGCCGCUGCGACGGAGGGAAAUGAAGCAACAGCAGCAGCGGUGGAAGGGCCAACAGAAUCGGCUGCCUUGCGCGAGAAGAAGACUAAGAAGGGGAGGCGGGGCGAGAAGAGUGAGGAAGGGAAGGAUGGUGGGUUGAAGGAAGGUGGAGUGAUAAACAGCUGUGAUGCAGAAAGGGAGGGGCCAACAGAAGCGGUUGGCCUGGGCGAGAAGAAGACUAAGAAGGGGAGGCGGGGUGAGAAGAGUGAGGAAGGGAAGGAUGGUGGGUUGAAUCAGGUUGAAUUGGUAGGGGAGGCGGAUGAUUCGGGUGAAAUGAAGAGAAAAGGGGCCAAGAAGGAAAGGAGAGAGAAGGAAAGGAGAGAGAAGGAAAGUAGAGAGAAGGAAAGGAGAGAGAAGGAAAGGAGAGAGGAGAGUGGGGAGGAUGUUGGGUUGAAGCAGGUUGAUUUGGUAGAAGAGGCGGAGGAUUUGGGUGAAAUAAAGAGAGAAGGGGCCAAGAAGGAAAGGAGAGAGAAGGAAAGGAGAGCGAACGAGGAGGGAGACAAGGGAAGGGAGGAUAUAGAGGGGAGUGGUGGUGCUGAGAGGAUGGACGGUGGGGAGGAUGUGGGUGUGCAGAGUGUGCGUGGGGAGAGGAAAGAGAGGAAGGGAAAGAAGCGGAAGGUGUUAGUAGAAGAGACUCAGGCUGAGGAGAGGGAGGAGAGGGAGGAAGAAGGGGUGGGAGUUGAAGCGGAGGAGAAGAAGAAUGGGUUUAAAGAGAUGGCGGAAAGGGAUGAGGGGAUGGAAGAGAGGGAGGAUUUGGAGGAAGAGGGGAGGGAGGAUAGGGAGGAAAGGGCAGAUGGAGGAACAAAACAGGAGGGGGAGGAGAGGGAGGAGAGAGCGCGAAAGGGAAAGGGCAAGAGAGUGAGGGAGGGGAAAAGAAAGAGGGAUGAAAAGAAGAGGCUGCGGGAGGAGGCUCGGAAGCAAGCAGCUGAAAACAGUGCAGCUGAAACAGGAGCAGAAGGGGUUGCAGAGCAGUUAACGGUGGUGAGGGAGAGAGAUGGCAGUUUGGAGGUGAGAGGAGUGGAGAGUUUGAGGGGAAGGGAGGAGGAAGAGAGCCUUCCAAGAGGGGGAGGCAGGGCAAAUAGUGUUGGUGGUGAUGAUGAUGAGAAUGAGGGUGGGAGGCGGAAACGGAAGAGGGAGAAGCGGGGGCGAGCGUUCAUGGAUAUGCUAGGAGUAAGUGAUAACGGCAGCAAGUGA